UUUUUCUUUCUUGGCUUCGCUUCCAUCAGGAAGUAGUUUUGUGUUGACGUCGAUUUACCUACGCGGAAAUAAAUAGUCUAAGUUUACAAAUAUCUCUGUUUCUUUUCUUCUUCGAAACGCCCGGUUUUAUAUUAAAUUGUUGCCCGCCCCAUUUCCCCUGGAUGCCACAAGUGGGGACGUAACAAUUUUGGGGGCUCGUCCGGGAUCUAAUUUCGUUUUGGAGAAAUUAGUAAAGAUGUUUGUAGUUUUUUUUUUAGACUAUUUUGUUUUGAAAGCGGUAGGUCACUUCCGGUGGUUCGCAGUCAGUAUUAACGACGGUGUAUGCACAGUCUAGCCUUCCCUACAACAACUCCCUCAGUUAGGUAGAAGUGUCUAGCUGGGUUGCACGGCACCCUUCCAUCGGACACUUGUUUAUUGUUUUGCCUUUUUUAUUUUCGGAGCAAAUCCUGGGCGGGGAUCAAGUUCCCCGAAGGGGGUAGGCGUUUCGGGGCUCCGGCCGCCGAUGUUUCUGCCUUUCAAGUCGCCUCGAGCCCGGCACGCUCCAGAAGACAGACAGGUUAGUUCUUGGUAGGUAGGAUCUGGGGGAUGUUUGUUUGUCUGCGUUUGUUGGUUUGUGUGUGUGUAGCAUCCGGCGUGAGUGGUUCUGACUGUUGCCACGGAGUGAGUAGUACACGCUAAUUUGCUAGUAGCUUACCAUAGCGGCUAGCCGCUACUACCGGUGUAAUGGCGAGUGGGUCGGCGUUUAGUGUGGAGGAGUUUGUGGCGAAGCCUACGCUGAGUCAACUAGACAUCUGUAGGAAGGCUGAUUUAUUUGCGAUUGCUGACCGCUAUGACAUUAAGGUUACAACUUCUCUCCUUAAGAAGGAGUUGAAAGCUGCCGUGAUUGACGGAUUAGUGGAAGGGGGUGUGUGUGGUUUACCGGCGACUGUGCCCGAGUCCGCAGGGGAGGUGUGCUCCGAGGCUCGGGGGGCGGAAGCGACUCAGCGGCAGCGAGACAUUUUAAACAUUACCCCCGGUGCAAAACAUGGUAACAUGGACGAGAAGCAGUUUACGUUGCCGCGUUUUGAACCGUUGUCCGUGGAAACGACCCCUGGAUCGAGAAUAGAUGCGCGGAUAAAGCUGCGUUUAGCUCGUCUCCAGCUGGAGAAUGAGGAACGGGAACGGGAACGGGAGCGUGAGUUUCAGCUCAAGUUGAAGCGGAUGGAAUUGGACGCAGAGACCGCGGUCAAAAUACGAGAGCUGGAACUACAGUCUAGUUCAGUUUCGUCUGGUGCGCGGCCGUCUUCGUCAUCUACAACAUUUGACGUGAGUAAAAACGUUUCUUUGGUCCCCGUCUUCCGGGAGUCCGAAGUUGAAUGUUAUCUCGGUGCGUUUGAGCGCAUUGCUGCUGCCCUGCACUGGCCGAAGGAUGUGUGGCCGAUACUUUUACAAUGCAAACUCACGGGUAAAGCUCAGGAAGCUUGCGCUUCUCUUUCUGUGGAGGACGGCCUCUCUUAUGAAAAAGUAAAGAGCGCGAUACUGCAGGUAUAUGAGCUGGUGCCUGAGGCAUAUAGACAGCGUUUCCGCGGUCUGAGAAAAACAGCAAGCCAGACGUACGCUGACUUUGCCAGAGAGAAGGGGAUGCUGUUUGACAGGUGGUGCUCAUCUUGUAAGGCAGAUAACUUCAAUUCAAUACGUGAGUUAAUGUUGUUGGAGGAAUUUAAAAACCAAGUGCCGGAGCGAACUGUUGUGUAUUUAAAUGAGCAGAAGGUAACUACUUUGCAGCAAGCUGCGAUUCUUGCUGAUGAGUUUGCUCUUACCCACAGAAGCCCCUUUAUCAGGCGUGAUUCCCCUACUCAACCUGAAACUGCUUUUAGGUCCAGUGACACGCGUGUUCCACGUUUCAGUACAUCACUCUCUGCACCCAAGGCAGAUAAGCAAUGUUUUUUCUGUCAUAAAGCGGACCAUCUAAUUGCGGACUGCAAUGCGUGGAAACGUAAGCAGCAGGCGGCAAUUUCAAAGCCCAAGGGUGUGGGGCUGGUAAAAACAGUAACCGGUUGUUCACCGUCGCCCAGUCAAACAGUACCUGAUGAGUGUUUUAAACCUUUCAUUUUCCCUGCAUUUGUCUCGCUCACAGGAAAGGUGGAUGAUCAGCGUCCUGUCACAGUUUUGCGAGACACUGGUGGCUCCCAGUCAUUCAUUCUUUCCUCUGUACUGCCCUUGAGUACGGAGUCUGCCUGUGACACGAGCGCAAUUGUACGAGGUAUCGGGAUGAGGCUGCCACCUACAAGAGAAACGGGGAACUGGGCUGGAGACCUAGAAAAGUGUGAAGGUGGGACAGAGCCCGUCGCUGUUCAUGCGCUGCCACUGACCCGUGAGGCGCUCAUCAACUCCCAGUCAGGUGACCCAUCUAUGAGAAAAUGUUUUGCAGCAGUUGAGGACCACGAUAAAUGUACUGAAGGUCAGUCAUUUUUCCUAGAUAACGGGGUGUUGAUGCGGAGAUGGAUUUCACCAUUAGGUAAAACCAAUGCAGUUAGUGACUGUGGUUCAGUGUGUCAAAUAGUGGUUCCAGUUGCAUAUCGGCAGCAUGUGCUGGAGUUAGCUCAUGAUCAUCCCUGGUCUGGUCACCUUGGUGUCACUAAAACCCAUGACCGUAUUCUGAAGCAUUUCUUCUGGCCAGGAAUGAAGAAGGAAGUGACACGCUUCUGCAAAACAUGUAGUACCUGCCAAGUGGUGGGGAAACCAAACCAGGUUGUUCCUCCAGCCCCGUUACAUCCUAUUCCUGCUGUUGGUGAACCCUUUGAACGUGUACUGGUCGAUUGUGUUGGUCCGUUGCCGAGGACAAAGUCUGGUAACCAGUUUUUGUUAACGGUUAUGUGCGCUACCACCCGCUUUCCUGAGGCCAUUCCUCUGCGAAGAAUCACUGCACCUGCCAUUACACGAGCAUUAAUUAAAUUCUUUACCAUGUUUGGUUUACCGAAAGUUGUGCAGACUGAUCAAGGAACCAACUUUCUGUCGAGAUCAUUUAAACAAACCUUGUAUGCUCUAGGCAUCACUCAUUCAGUCUCUAGUGCUUAUCAUCCACAGUCACAGGGGGCACUUGAGCGUUGGCAUCAAACACUGAAGUCCAUGCUGCGUAAAUACUGUCAUGAUACAGGGAGAUACUGGGAUGAAGGUGUCCCCUUUACACUGUUCGCCAUCCGCGAAGCCAAACAGGAGUCCCUGGGGUUCAGCCCGGCUGAACUUGUGUUCGGGCACAAUGUGCGUGGCCCACUUAAAGUGUUAAAGGAAAAGUUCUUGUGUAAUAUUUCUCCACAGACUACAGUUCAGGAUUUUGUAUCCCAAUGUAAGGAGCGUUUACGUAAUGCUUCUGCGCUGGCUAAAGUGGCACUCUCCUCCUCGCAGGAGAGUAUGAAAGAACGGUUUGAUCGGAAGGCAGUUAAGCGUGAGUUUGAACCUGGUGAGAGAGUUCUGGUGCUGUUACCGACACCUGGCUCUGCCCUUACUGCCCGUUUUUCAGGCCCGUAUGUCAUAAAAAGCAAAGUGUCCGAUACAAACUAUGUCAUUCAUACACCUGAGCGCAGACGUAAGGUGCGGUUGUGCCACAUUAACAUGCUAAAAUCCUAUCAUUCCAGAGAGGCCAACCAGGGGGAGCAGGAAAAAACUCCGGAGACUGCUGCCUCUCGUGAAACAACUACCUCCUUGGUUUGUGUGGAAUCACUGCCUGACGAUGGGUUAACUGUACUAGGAAGUGAUCAGCAGAGUGGUAGGCUGUCUAACACAGAGUUCUUGGCGAAAAUAGACACCCAUUUGAACUAUCUCCCUGUAGAUCAGCAACGAGAUAUAGUCUCUUUGAUGCGCUCCCAUCCGUCCCUGUUUAAUGAUGUACCAUCUAGUACCAACGUACUAAAACAUGACAUCGAUGUUGGUAGUGCGUCUCCCAUUAAACAGCAUGCGUACCGAUGUCCUUUAGCCAAAAGAGAGCUUAUGAAAAAGGAAGCUAAUUACCUAUUGGAAAACGGUUUAGCUGUACCUAGCUGUAGUCCUUGGAGUUCCCCUUGUUUGCUGGCUCCAAAAUCUGAUGGCACCCCACGCUUUUGUACCGACUAUCGGAAGAUUAAGCACAAGAAGGGGACCGACAAUGUGGUGGCUGAUGCUCUGUCCCGUGGGUGAGGAACACAAAAAAAAAAAAAAAGUUAAAGAAGAUAAUUCAGUGUAGCAUGUUAGUAAUAACAGGUGUGUGUGUAUAGUGUUUAAUGUAGCAAACUAUAAGUUUGCACUUAUGGGAGGGGGUGUUACGUGUGCAUGUUUUUUGCUGCUCUUUUGUGUCCUGCGCCAGGUGCCACCCUCCCCACCUGACUGGUCAGGCACACCUGCGGCACCUUGGCAAUCAGGUGGAUCGCCUCAAAGCUGCAGGGAUGGAGGCAGACGGGGCCAGUGGGCCAAACCGCCAAACCGCGAGAAGCUGUUGGUCGUGAACGAGAGCUGUGUGCUGCGCUAUCUUUGACUUGUUCUAAUUCCCUCGUAGUGUUAACCCUUGUUUUUUUUUCUUUCUUGGCUUCGCUUCCAUCAGGAAGUAGUUUUGUGUUGACGUCGAUUUACCUACGCGGAAAUAAAUAGUCUAAGUUUACAAAUA